GGCGUGGCGGUUGGCGGCCGUUGGAGGCGGCGGUUGGCAGGGCCGGGCCGCGCCGCCAUGUUCGUGGCGCGCAGCAUCGCGGCGGAUCACCGCGACCUCAUCCACGAUGUCUCCUUCGACUUCCACGGGCGGCGCAUGGCCACCUGCUCCAGCGACCAGAGCGUCAAGGUCUGGGACAAAAGCGAAAAUGGGGAUUGGCAUUGCACUGCGAGCUGGAAGACACAUAGUGGAUCUGUGUGGCGUGUAACAUGGGCCCAUCCUGAAUUUGGGCAAGUCCUGGCUUCCUGCUCUUUUGACAGAACAGCAGCUGUGUGGGAAGAAAUAGUGGGAGAGUCAAAUGAUAAACUCCGAGGCCAGAGUCACUGGGUAAAGAGGACCACGCUAGUAGACAGUAGGACAUCUGUAACAGAUGUGAAGUUUGCUCCCAAGCACAUGGGUCUUAUGUUAGCCACUUGUUCAGCAGAUGGAGUUGUAAGGAUUUAUGAAGCCCCUGAUGUGAUGAAUCUCAGUCAGUGGUCACUGCAGCAUGAAAUCUCAUGUAAGCUAAGCUGCAGUUGCAUUUCUUGGAAUCCUUCAAGCUCUAGAGCACAUUCUCCAAUGAUAGCUGUAGGAAGUGAUGACAACAGUCCAAAUAUAUUGGCAAAGGUUCAAAUUUAUGAAUAUAAUGAAAAUACCAGGAAAUACGCAAAAGCAGAAGCUCUGAUGACAGUCACAGAUCCUGUACAUGAUAUUGCUUUUGCUCCAAAUCUGGGAAGAUCCUUCCACAUCUUAGCUGUAGCAACCAAAGAUGUACGAAUUUUCACACUAAAACCUCUAAGGAAAGAAUUGACUUCAUCUGGAGGAUUAACAAAAUUUGAAAUUCAUAUUGUGGCACAGUUUGAUAAUCACAAUUCCCAGGUGUGGCGAGUUAGCUGGAAUAUUACGGGCACAGUGCUUGCCUCCUCUGGUGACGAUGGCUGCGUUAGGCUCUGGAAGGCUAAUUACAUGGACAACUGGAAGUGUACUGGUAUACUGAAAGGUAACGGGAGUCCAGUCAAUGGUGGUUCCCAGCAGGGAAUUUUUAACACCUCUCUAGGUUCAGCCAAUACGAGCUUACAGAAUUCACUAAAUGGAUCAUCUGCCAGCAGAAAGCAGAGCUGAUACCAAGCUAACUGGAGUAACUUUGGUGUUUUGCUGCUUGUUGCAUGCACACAGGAAUGGAAAAUGAACUCCUUUUUCCCCUCCCCAACGCCGUUUGACCUCUCCCAAGACACCAGCAGCCUGCUAACUACUAAAUGCUAUUCAAAAACCUUUUUAAAACACGUUGUGUACUUUUUUGUACUAGGCCACACAGUUUGAUACCGUUGAAACUCCUGAUAGAAAAAUACUUAGGAGAGGCUUCUUGUUUAAAACAAAACAAAACUUCCAUCAGAACAAUUUUUUUGAAAAGCUUGACAAAUUAAAAGACUAGUUCUUGGUUAAAAAUGAGAAUCUUAAUUGGGAUGGGAGGAGGGAAGUGACCAUUAAAGUAACUUUAAUUAAAAUUGUUUUAAUAACUGAUAUGUUUUACAUUUCAUAGUGUUUAACACUUGAUUAAGAUUCCUAAACAUCACAAGUUUGUAACUGCUUUGUAAUAUAUGAAACUGUUUUAAAGGAAUUAAGAAAAUUGUGUUUUGAAAAUUGUACAGAUGGUAGCUUUUGAUAGUUGGGUAUUGCUUCAUUUAAAACUUAGUAUGACUUCAAAUGCAUGUUUUGUAAGUACUGUCAUACUUUCUUCAUUCUAACUAAGAGAAGUACUUUUUCUGAUGUGUUUGUACAUUCCUAUGGCAAUGGUUCCAUGGAGUAACUAAAAUUGAGUGUAGUAUCUAAAAGUGCAAAUAAUUGAGCCAUACAAAAACUGAAACCAAAAUGCAGCUUGUUGUGGAUUGUCCCAUUCUUUGGUUAAUUGUAUAGCUAUUCUCUUACGCAAGUCCACAGAACUGUAAACAAAACAGAAAACAUCUGUAGGUACCUAACAUAGUUAUACUAAAAUGCACAAGUAUUACGGGUAAGUUCUAAUAAAAAUGACAGAAAAAUGAGAUGACAUGGUGUAAUUCUGAGUCUUGCAUUCACUGGGAAUCUUAAAUUUACUCUGAGGAUUUUGCAGAAAUACAUAAUACACACAAAGACUGUAUUUCAUUGAAAGUCAUUAUUCUCUGUAAAUGUACAUUAUCAAAUUUAAAGUACUGUAAAAUCUA